AUGGGUUCAUCGAAGCGAGCAAAUUCGAUCAAUUCUAUCAAGGAUAUAAAUCGUAAACCGGGUUGUCCGAUACCAUUAUCAUCCGGUUGCUUACGUGGAUUUCCUUUGCCAUCUUCAUUGGAGGAAGGUAUUAAAAUGAAAUGCAGUAAUGAACAAUGUAUAUAUCAAGAUCAGUUGAUGCAUUUGGAAUGUUUUCAUGCCUUAGAGGAUAAUCUUGUCAAAAUUAUGAGUAAUAUAGGAUCAGCUCGUGGUUGGACUGAUGCACAAAGACGAUCUAAUUUAUGGGAAAAGAAAGGUUUAUCAUUAAUUCAACGAAAAUGUCGCUGUAUUUGUGGUUUAGGACUUAUGCGACUUGAUCAAACAGCGAUAUUUUUAGCAAAUCGAAAUGCAACUCAAUUAAUGACAACAACGCCAAAAAAUAAAAAAGGAAGAAAAAAUCUUCCAAAAUUAAAUUUUGGUUCAACAAAUGCAGCAACAGUUCAAAAUGAUAAAAUUCGUACCAAAACUGGGAUCAAGAAACGUAACAUUUCAUUUCGUUCAACAUCACCAAGUAAUGGCUUUAUUUCAGUAUCAUCAUCAUUAUCAAAAUAUAAUAAUGAUAACGAGCAUCGAUCAACAUCAAUUCAUAAGUCGAAAUGUGAUCCAGAAAUAAGAAAUACAAAAAGUGAAUACGGAUAUACAGGAACGAAACCGGUUGUUACAGAAAGAAAAUCAUUUAUUUCGAAAAAAUUCAAUGGAAAAAUUUCAUAUGCAGAAAUUACAGUAAUGAAGCAGACGAAUAAUGAUUUUGUAUUCAGUCAAAGUCAAUUUCCUAAAGCUGAAGAUAUCGAUGAAAAUGGCAUACGAACAUUACGUGAACCAUUUACUGAUUUACAACAAAUACAAAAAUUUAAUACUUUACAAACUCGUCCACAACUUAAUUCAGUGGAUAUUUCAACAAAUACUUCAACCAUUUCUCUACCAUUUGAGGAGUUACAAAAUUCGCUUCAUUGUUCUCUCAGUAGUGAUGAUACAUUUGAAUCCAAGAGUUAUUAUCAUACCGAUACGGAUUUCUUUAUUAAUCUAGCUGAUUUAUCGAUGAUAUUACCAUCACCACCUGAAACACCACCAUAUGGACCACUUUCAUUUACAGAUGAUAAUCAAUUGUUAACACAAAAAGUACUAUUUAAAAUUUUAAUUUCAGUUUCAUAUAAAAAGUACUGUUAA